CACACUCUCACUGAGUCUCACACAUACCUCUCUUUCUCUCUCCUAAUUAAACCCCCCUAAUAACCAGUGAAUUGACGAACAAUGGGAAGUAAGAGAGAGAGAGAUGAGCAGACGGAUGGCGAGGUAAAGAGGCAGAAGGUGGAAGAAGAAGAGGUGGACUCGCCGAAAACCAAAGCUUUUGAGAACCCGCUUCUUCCACUAGCUUCAUACAACGACGACGAUGAGGAGGAGAGGAGGAGGGAGGCGAUUCGAAGGCGUGAUGAUAAGGCGAACGGCAAGGAAGAAGCAGUGGUUGAUGGCAGUGUGAAUGAGGUUGUUGGUGGUGAUGAUGAGGAUGAUGAAGAUGAGGAGGAUUUCGGGUUUCAUCAAGCAAAGCGCAAUAGGGCCGUAGAGGUCAGGAGGGAUUGCCCUUACCUUGAUACUGUUAACAGACAGGCUUUAGAUUUUGAUUUUGAAAAGUUUUGCUCAAUCUCUUUAACGAACUUGAAUGUAUAUGCAUGUCUGGUGUGUGGUAAGUAUUACCAAGGAAGGGGCCCCAAGUCUCAUGCAUAUACUCAUAGCCUGGAGGCGGGACAUCAUAUCUUCAUAAAUUUAAAGACUGAGAAGGUUUUUUGCCUUCCUGACGGAUAUGAGAUCAAUGACCCAUCUUUAGAUGACAUCCGUCAUGUUCUAAAUCCCAGGUUUUCCAGAGAACAAGUUGAACAGCUAGAUAGAAGCAAGCUGUGGGCAAGAGCUCUUGAUGGCUCUGAUUAUCUCCCUGGACUGGUAGGACUUAAUAACAUCAAGGAGACUGAUUUUUUGAAUGUUACAAUUCAAGCACUUAUGCGAGUUACACCCUUGAGGAACUUUUUCCUGAUCCCAGAGAACUACCAACAUUGUAAAGCUCCCCUGGUUCAUCGUUUUGGGGAGCUCACUCGUAAAAUCUGGCAUGCAAGAAAUUUUAAGGGACAGGUGAGCCCCCAUGAAUUUUUGCAGGCUGUGAUGAAAGCGAGUAACAAAGAGUUUAAAAUAGGUGCUCAAUCUGACCCACUUGUUUUUCUGACAUGGCUCCUUCGUACCCUUCACAAAGCACUCAAAAAGAAAAACACGAGUAUCAUUCAUCAGUGCUUCCAGGGAGAACUGGAGGUUGUGAAAGAGAUGCAGAGUAAAGGUACUGAGAGAAGAGAAAGUGGGGAUGAUCAGAAUGGUGGAUCCGAAAACCCUAAUGUUGUCAGAGAAACUUCCAAAAUGCCAUUUCUAAUGCUACCCCUUGAUUUGCCGCCUCCGCCACUGUUUAAAGACGUGAUGGAAAAAAAUAUUAUCCCUCAGGUUCCACUUUUCAACAUAAUGAAGAAGUUUGACGGGGAGACCAUAACAGAAGUCGUGCGUCCUCAAAUAGCUAGGAUGCGAUAUCGUGUAACCAAACUGCCACCUUACAUUAUUAUGCACAUGCAGCGUUUCACGAAGAACAACUUCUUUGUUGAGAAGAAUCCCACCCUUGUUAAUUUUCCUGUGAAAAAUCUCGAGCUGAAGGAUUAUAUCCCUUUGCCCACACCAGAAGAUGAUGAAAAAUCUCGUUCAAAAUACGAUUUAAUCUCAAACAUUGUCCAUGAUGGCAAACCCAGUGAAGGGUCGUACAGAGUCUUCGUUCAAAGGAAGUCAGAGGAACAAUGGUAUGAGGUGCAGGACUUGCAUGUUUCGGAGACACUUCCCCAGAUGGUUGCUCUUUCGGAGGCCUACAUUCAAGUGUAUGAGCUACAAGACCAACAUUGAAAACCUCCGUUGAAUGACCAAGUUACCGUCUGUUGUCAAACAUGGCAAUGUUGCCAUCAAUUUUUGUUGUUUAAUUUGGUUGGACAUAGGAUUUUAUACUUCAAUUAGUUCAGUGUUUGCAAGAUACACUUUCAGAAAUAGUGAAAAGGUAGUUGCAACAUUUUAUAGUGCAAGAGUUGUAAUCCUGUAUAAUUUUAUCAUCCGUUCUCAAAUGGUUGUACACUUGUACGUAGGUUUCUAGCUUUCAAAGGUAAGAGUUCUGUUGCUCAUCCUAGAA